ACAUCUUGUUGUUUACGUUUUGCAUGCAUUUCAAUUUGCCACAAAAAUGAUGCAAAGAUUCCCAGCGCAGGCGACGGUGGAGAAUCCCCGGUACGGACAACUGAUCAUUGGACCACCUGGUUCCGGAAAGACCACCUACUGCGCCGAGGCCUUGAAGUUCUACCGCGAACUGGGCCGCCAAGUGGGCGUGGUGAAUCUGGACCCGGCCAACGAGAACAUGUCCUACGAACCGGUUCUCAGUGUAAUGGAGCUUAUCACCGUGGAGGAUUGCAUGGAGCACCUGCAGCUGGGGCCGAAUGGAUCCCUGAUGCACUGCGCGGAGUACCUGGCGGAUCACCUGGAGGAUUGGCUGCUGCCGGCACUGCGUAAACUGGGAGCCACCCACAACUACUUCCUGUUCGAUUGUCCCGGGCAGAUUGAGCUCUACACCCAUCACAGCGCCAUGGCGCGGGUUUUCGAGCGAUUGGAACGGGAGCGUUAUAGUCUGGUCACCGUGAACCUCAUCGAUUCGCAUUAUUGCUCCGAGCCGGCCAAAUUCAUUGCCACCCUGCUGAUGGCUCUGAACACCAUGUUGCGGAUGAGUCUGCCCCACGUUAAUGUCCUCUCCAAGGCCGAUCUGCUGAGGAAACACGAGGCCAAGCUGCACUUCAAUGUGGACUACUACACUGACGUUCUGGACCUGAAAUAUCUGCUGGACAAGCUGGACGACGAUCCGACCAUGCGCAAGCACCGCAAACUGAACGCCGCCAUCUGCUCCAUGGUGGAGGACUACGCCCUGGUCUCGUUCCAACUGCUGGAUGCCUUCAGCACGGACAGCAUGUUGCGACUGCGCAACCACAUUGACAAGGCAAACGGAUAUGUUUAUAAGGCGGGAGAGGAGCAGACCGUCAACUCAUUGCUGGCCUGCGCCGUGGGAGCAGAAACGGAGGCAGCUCGCCAGCAGCAUGACAUUCAGCCCUAUAUGGAUUGAAAGUACUUGGUAAAUUCGCCUGUGAUAAACUUUCUGUUUUCGAAAGAACACUUUUGUGGGAAAAUAUAGAGGCCCAAGAUAUGCUGGUUGACUUUAGAGGACCGAAUCCUAAGUAACUGAGCAUUAAAAGGUUAUUAAAGAUUUGUUGUUCACUUCUCAGAUGGCAAACAGUUUUACAAAAUACAUAUAGGAAUUUAAAAUAAAAUGUUUCCUAUACCUCAUGUUCUUAAACCCGUUUUAACUGAUUAAUUAUAUGCAACUUUGCAGUAAAACUGUUUAUAUUGGGGCAUCUUUCCCCUGUAACUUAAAAUUAUAUUUCCUUAAUAUGUAUAAAAUAUAAAAUGUGUACUUAAGCUCAAGUUCUAUAAGACAGAUAGGAUUUUUAAGCUUUUGGCAGGGCUCAUAUUGUUUUUAAGGUAGAGUGUUUCCAGAGACAUCUAUCAGUAGACUGUUAAAAUUAUAAAACCAAGAUUAGAUGGCGCCAAAAGCACUGUGGUGUGUUGAGUAAAAUGUUGAACUGUGUAGAGAUUGCUACUAGCUAAACAUUACUGAACGGCCGUCCACGUGCAAGAUUCAAGCAAGAUUCUCCAAGUGAGUUUUGUUUAUCAACAAUGAAAUUAUGAGUAAAUAUCUAGUUUCCUUAAUAUUUUGCUAAUAUGCUAUCACACAAUCAUUUGUUUGCAUGUUUAUAAUGCCGAUUAUGUUCGCUCAAAUAAAUAGUUAAUAAUUCA